GAAAUCACAGAUGAGCUGAGGUCUGACUAGCGAUAGGGCAGGCAGUCUGGUCAGGUCAGUGGUGGCUUUGUCUGGCAGUCAGUGGACAGAACCUGAAAUGUUGGAGGAAAGCUUAGAACCACUCCUGGCUUUAGCUGGUGUGUUGUGUAAAGCUCUAUGUGAAACUAGGAAGGAAAUUCCUUUUUUUUCUGUCUGAAGAGUAAUAUGUUGUGUAGUAGUUAAAGCUGCAGAGAGAAUCUAGAGUCCUAGAUGUUUUGUCCUAGUGUAGUCUACUUACGAGUUCAUCAGGUCAGUGUAGCUGUAUUAAGGAAAAAAAAAAAAAGCUUUUUUAUAUGAACCAUGGACUGAAGUGUCAUUGCAUGAGCUACAUAAUCACGAACAAUCUGGUCUAUGCAUAACUGAAUAGAUUUUUCCCCUUCAGACCAGCUUUGUGAGGAAGGAGAAGAAAGUAAAACUCCCGUCCAGCAAUCAGCUGAGGAAGGCCAAAAUGGAUUACGGAUGAUUUCCACUCGGAAAGCCAGUGCUACUACUGCUAAACAAGAGGACGGUCUGAAUUUUGGAAUAAAAACACUUGAAGAAAUCAAAUUGCAGAAAAUGAAGGAAAAAACUAAGAGACACGGUGAAGGUCCUUCAAGAUCUUCUCUUCCUCCCGUCGAUUCUAUGAUUUUUCCUGCUCCGGAAAAGGAAAAUGUCCAGACAGUGGUGAGAACUGUGACACUGUCUACAGAGGAAGGGGAGGAACCUGUGAUUCGACUAGAUCUUGCUGAGAAACAGGGAAAAUGGAAAGCCUCCGUGGCUGAUGUAAGCGCCCUUCCAGUGAAGCGCAGCCUUGCUGAAAGGCUGGGGAAGAAGGCGGAGGUGCCGGGAAGUGCUGACAAAGCACCGAAGAGAGUUCAAGUUGCCAAGUCUGUGAAGGAGAGACUAGGCUUACCUUUUCAACAGACUAGUACUGCGAAAGGGAAGGCUGCUAAGCCAAAGGGAGAGAUCCAUGUGAAAACACUGGAGGAAAUCCGUCGUGAGAGAGCUCUUCAGAGAGGAGAAACUCAAGCCAAAGCCCAGGCUGAAUGGCAUGAUAAAACCGAAGAUCCCAGCGCAGGGGCAAGACCCGCUCCUGCAGGUUGCAUCAAAACUUUCUCCGAAGCCUUGGCUGAAAAAUAGAAGAAUGGCUUGGUA